UAUUUUGAGCACUCCCCCAACCUCACUCGCUCCCUCACAACAAAACCCUCACUUUCACCUUUUCUCUCUCUCUCACGGGCCAGCUACCGUCGCCGCCGCCCAGCCCAGUCCAGACCAGCCACCGUCUGCCCUUCUCUCUCUUUCCCUCACUUUCUUGAAGGUAGAAAUGAAAUUGAGAAGUAGAGUUAUACGUGACGUUUCGGUAAGGUCGUCACAACGAAGGCCGUCACAACGAAGUCCGUCACAACAAGCUUCUACAGACAAUACGGAUCAUGGGUCACAACAAGAAGUGGGCCAAUCAUCCACAAUUGAUUCAUCAACUGCACCAAAUGCUGUUGUGCCACUUGUUGAACGUGUUACUCGUGGUCCUAGCAAGUAUGCAUACAUUUGGAAUCUCCCUGAAAAUCAAAAGAUUGAAUUGCCACUAACUAGUAAUAAUCAGCCAGUUAAGAAGGUAGGGAGGCACUUCACAGGUUGGUUGGGUACAAUUGCACGAAAACCCCAAAUGUGCCCAAUUAAAUAUGAGAAUUGGACAAGAAUGCCAAAUGAAUUUAAAGAAGAGAUAUGGAAUCUUGUUCAGUCAAAAUGGUGUUUGCCUGAAGAACCUACUCGUUUGAAGGCAAUGAAGCUAAUGACAUUGUCAACAGUUGCGGCUUGUUGGAGGAACCACAAGUCAAGGUUGAAGAAGAAGUAUUUUCUAGGAAGCGGAAAUAGAGCACAAGUGCCACCAAAUGUAAAUCCUGAAGAUUAUGAAGCCAUUGUUCAACAUUGGAAUUUACCAAAAACAAAGGAUCUAGCUUUGAAGAACAAGAACAUUCGUUCCAAACAAAAAAAUUUACAUACUGGUGGUUCAAAAAACUUUGCUUCGUACUCUGAAGAAUUGGUAACAACACUUGGGCAUCCCGUAGAGCGUGCAGAAUUAUACCUAAAACUCCAUCUUCGUAAAGAUGGUGCUCCUGUUAACCCUGAAGCAGAAAGCAACAUUGAAAAAAUCAAUGAAUUGAUGAGUGAGCCCUCAAAUCGUUUGCAAUCAACUGAUCUCACUGGUAGUAUUGCAUGGGCACCAGAUGAUAUAUAUUCUCAAGUGUUUGGUAAUGAGCGCAAUGGUCGUGUUCGGGGUGUGGGAUUUGGCCCAACCCCAAGUGGACGAACUGUUAAGAAUGCUGCUGCAAUUACUCAAAUAAGAAGCCAAGAAAGGGAUGCUGAAGUGACUCAGUUAAGGAGUCAAGUGGCUUUGUUGACGGAGAAAAUAACUCGCUAUGAUAACUUGGAGGAGCGAAUGACCCAAAUGGCUAGCAUGAUGCAACUAAUGCAAAAUCAAUUUUCAGAAGUUAGUCGGGGUGCUUUUGCUUUAGAUCAACAAUCUCCAACUCCUCAUAGAUCACAAGCUUCAUCUCAUCAAGAAACUAGCUUCUCGCGGUAAAUGCAGUAUUUUAAGGAAUCUAUGGACUAUUACAUAGUUGUCUUGAGCAACCACAUUUAUUUUGGAAGUAUUGUAUUUUGUUUAUAAUAUUGUCAUAGUUUUGGUGGUUGUUUUUAUUGUGUAAGUAGACAAGUGUUUUGUUAAAUUUAAGAUGAUACUUUAGACA